CCCUGAAUAGUAGUAGUAGAAGAAGAGCUGGAAAAAAAGAACGCAGUCUGAGUCAGUUCGGCUAACUUAGCAUGACAGCUAACGAAGAUCAGCCAACGGUCAAAUAUUCGUUUUAGACCAAACUGGGUCAUCGGUACCGUGUGGUAUGGGACCCCGAAAGGUAAAGCUGGACACAUACCGUAAGAGAAGCGUGGUGUGGAGCUUUUUUACAGAUAUAGACGAAGGGUCGGUGCAGUGUGUGCUGUGUAAUCGUUACCUUCAUAAGAAGGAGCACGGCUCCACCACUCCGAUGCUAAGACAUCUGCGCCUCAAACACCCCACACAGGUCUACAGAGGGAUGGAAAGAGACCACGAAGCUUCCGCCAGCCACGACCACCAACAUAUGGAAAUAGAUGAUGAACAGAUCAUCUCUGUUGUAGUGUCGGUGGACGAUGAUGAAUCCAACACCAGGACCACCCAGAAUGAUUCUGAUCCCAGCACUGCUGUCAGUGGCCUCUAUGAGACGUCACCACGAGGCUCGCUAGCUCAUCUAAUACACGAAGAUGAUUUUAGCCAUAUUCCCAACAAGCAGUCACGCAGGCGCAGCUUGAUUUGGAGACUGUUUGAACAUUUGGACAACUUGAACGCCGCCCGCUGCCGCAUUUGCAUGAAGAAGUUGCACAAAAGUGGCGGCAUUAGCAACCUUCGUCGACACUUGGUAAAGAGGCACCCAAAGGUGCUGUCAGAGCUGCUGUCCACCAACCACCGCCCUGCUGUGCCCUCACAGGAUGUAAAUGUAGCCGGUGUCUCUCGUGAAUCCUACAUAGGAACAGAGCCCCAUCAGGCUCCAGUGAAAUUGGUUUUGGAUGAUGGGGAAUCUCACAUUAUGACCACACUGAAUGAAACUAUUCCAGGGAUAAACAACCUUCCAGGCAUGCCACAAGGGGGAUCGGCUGAGAAAAUAGUAGAAGCAGAGGAUUCAAAUGCUGACGGAACGGGGGGAACCAUGUGGGACAGUGGACAGAAAUGGUUUCCAGUGGAAGUUAGAGUGGAGGACGACAGCUCUGACGUCAUGACCCCUUCUAUCGAACCUGAUGGCAGUCAUAUCAUAAACGACAAUCCCGACUCUUUGCAAGAAGGCUUGGCACAAGACGCGUUUCAUUCAGAGGCAGGUGAAAACUCAUCUGAGAGACCGCAGACCAAAGACCGCAGAAGGAGUGUGAUCUGGAGGCACUUUGAGAGAUUAGAGAGUUCAGAAGCAGCUCAGUGUCGCAUUUGUAUGAGGAAGCUGCAGUGCUACGACAGCGGCUGCACCGGUAAUCUCCACCGGCAUCUGUCGAAAAGACACCCGAAGGUGUUUUCUGAGCUGGGAUCCAACUCGCUCAAACAGUUGUCACCAGACUCAAAUGGCCACGGUGGAACAACCGAAAGUCCGUUAAUGAAACACGAACUUUCAGUGAGACCGUCUUUCCCUUCAGCUGGACUGAAGAUCUCCAGGCAACCAGAGGUGGAGGUCAGGGUUUUUGAACGGGAGCUGGAGCUGAUUGAAGCUCUGAGAAGAACACAGAGGGAGGAGGCUCAGGCUCUGCAGCAGCAGCGGGAGCUGCUGGAAAAGCUGCAGACAGUCGGCGCCAGAGAAGCCGCUGCAGAGAGGGAGACGAUCGAGUCGCUGAGGAAAGCCCAGCAGGAGGAAGCCGACGAGUUGAUCCGACAGAGAGAGGAGCUGGAGAAGGAAAAGGUGGAGCUGCGGAAGAAGUGGGAAGAGCUCUACCAGGAAAAGGAAGAAUUCUCAUUGCUCUCCAAAAGCAAAGUGACCCACUGAUUCUUAGCCUUUCUGAAAGGGUUAGACUAAUUCUAACACGGGGUGAUGUAAUAGAUAUAUAGUUAACUUCCCUUCCAAGUAAAACAUGUUUUUCCAGAAAAUUGAUGCACAGUGGCUCAGUUCCUGUUCCAGCUGAUGUUUUCUUUUAAAUAUGGAGGAAUCUGACCCGGGACGAUGCUUCUGCCUUCAAAUUACUCUGUAUUCAGAUGCACUCACAAGUGGCUUUGUAAUGUGUAGCAUGUAGAUUAUAUAAGCUUUUUUUAAAUAGAGUUUGAAAAAUGAACUUCCAUACUGUAAGAUGUAUAACUGUAUAUAGAGCAUUUUAAACUUGUAAACACUUAAAUUCAUGGUUCAGACUUUAAAUAGAAAAAAAGCAUUGGAGAAAUGAUUUUUGUGGACUUUUUCUUCUCAUUCUCAUAAAUAUGGUUCAUUGACA